AUGACCUCGAUCGAAAUUUCCACGAUCGAAAUUCCCGUGUCCCAUAAUUGUGUUCGUGUAAGGAUGAUAGACGCUGAAUGCAAUAUGACUUUGGGAUCAGAGCACUUUUUUCAGCCGACCGUUCCAGGCCACGAGAUUAUGUACAGCACUGAUGUGGCAUUCCUCAUUGAGAACCCACGACUGAACAAGAAGGCCAUGUUUGACCUAGGGACAAGGAAAGACUGGUGGAAGCAGCCACCCAUGAUCACAAAAAGGUUAGGCACCUUUUUGAGAUACAUCAAAGUGGAGCGGGACGUGACCGAGAUUCUAGAGGCUGGAGGCAUUGAAUUGCAGUCCAUCAACGAUGUCAUCUGGUCGCAUUACCACUUCGACCACACAGGCAGCACGUACCUCUUUCCCAAAACCACCAACCUGAUUUAUGGGCCGGGAACGACGGAAACAUUUCUUCCACCUUACCCUGAAAACCCGCAUUCCCCCAUUGGGGUGGAACAUCUGGAAGGGCGCAAAUGCAUCGAGGUCACGAUGGAGACUCGGAUUGGAUCGCUGCCCGCCCACGACUUCUACGGCGACGGCUCUCUCUAUCUCCUCGAUACACCCGGACACGCGGUAGGCCACAUCUGUGCCCUAGCACGGACGACGCCCGACACGUUCAUCUUCAUGGGCGGGGACAUUUGCCAUUUCGCAGGAGACUUCCGUCCCUCCGAAGACUAUCCUAUGCCUGACCCCAUACCCGAAGGAGCUCUGUACAAUAAUGCAUUCUUACCAAAGCCGUGUCCGUGCAGUUUGUUCACUGACCACCAUCCACGGGGUGUGAAGGGGGAACAGGCUAAAAAGACUCCCUGGUACGAGAUCUCCAGGCACAAGCAUUCUUCGUAUGCAGAUCCGAAGCUGGCGUCCAAGACCGUGCAAUCCAUGGCCAACUUCGAUGCGAGGAAGGACAUCCUGGUCUGCCUCGCACACGAAACCAUGCUUCCCGUCCAUUUGCCAAUCUUCCAGAAAGAUCCUGACGUCGACCUGAAUGCGUGGAAAGAAAAGGGCUGUAAGGACCGAGUCGACUGGGGCUGGCUGAACGAGCUCCCCAGAGAUGAAAAACCUGGCAGAAAAGAUCUUCCGCAAGGAUUUUACAGGGACGGGAAGAUCUGGGUAACGGCGAGGGAGGAGCUGGGCGAAAUGGACUGA